AUAAGUGAUAGCAUUCCUCAACUAAAAUACUACGAAAUCAUUGACACAAAUCAUAUCAAACACAAUAAGAUUGUUAAAAGAAGUGCCGACAAGAGUGACAACACAUACGAAGAGUCUACCAAACAUUGGGUGACAUUUCGGACCAUUAAUCGUGACUUUAAUUUAUUAUUAUCUCAUAAUAAAGACAUAAGAAAUGCAAACUUCAAAGCAUUUACAGUGGACUCAAAGGGCAACAAAAAACCCAUUUUUGUUGAUUUCAAUGAAUUUUUUUCGGGAACCGUUGCCGGAGAAAACGGAUCGGAUGUGAAAGCACACAUCGGAUCAGAUGGUGUGAUGACUGCCGCCAUUCAGACAGUGAACGAGACUUACGAAGUGGAACCCAUUUGGAGACAUUUGGAUAACUAUCGCGACAAUCACUCAAUGAUUGUCUACAAGCGCUCAGAUGUGAACCAUUCCUCUGGUAAUGAAUCGCUAAAACCGUUGUGUCAUUUAAUCAAAGCCAAGGAUAAUAGAGGCGACGAUUACGUGGACACCGAAGAACUGAUUCGCCAAAAACGGAAAGCACUCUUUGAGGACAUUACGAUCGGUGACGAGUCCAGUGGACAGCCAUUCAAACCGACUCAUACCCACUGCGCCGUCCGUCUGGUCGCUGACCAUUACUUCUACCGAUUUAUGGCUCAGUUGAGCCCGAAGAAGGCCAUCAAUUACUUGAUCCAUAUUAUUGAUAGAGUGAACAACAUAUUCACAAAUACCGAGUGGACAGACGACCCGAAACGGAGGCCAGGCUUCGGAGGAAUGGGUUUUAUUAUCAAAGAGAUUCAAUUGCAUACAGAGCCGAGUGACCAGAAGACACACUACAACUCCGGGUACGGGAACCGUUCGGUUCGCCAGAUUCUGGACCAGUUUUCUGCCGACACAGAGAACCGUCAGUUCUGUUUGUCUCAUCUCUUCACUCACCGGCCCUUUGAGGCCAACGACACAGUCCUGGGUCUGGCGUCCACAGCGUCGCCGCGACCCGACAUUUCUGGCGGUAUCUGUUCGGUGGCCGACACCAGCACUGGUCGACCCGUAUAUCCCAGCACUGGUCUCACGAGAACCCGAAACUCUUUCGGCCACACAAUCAUCACCAGAGAAGCGGUUUUAGUGAGCGCUCACGAGUUUGGCCACAGUUGGGGCGCAGAACACGACCCGCACACCGAUGAGUGCCUCCCGUCCGUCACAAACGGCGGGCCGUAUAUUAUGCACACCUAUUCCGUGACCGGAUAUGAGGCCAACAAUCGAUUCUUCUCGCCGUGCAGUAAGCGUUCAAUACGAGCCGUUUUGCUGUCCAAAUCGCACCGUUGUUUUGUCAAGCCGGAAAAGUCUUAUUGCGGUAACAGUAUUGUGGAGGCGGACGAAGAGUGCGAUGAGGGCCUACUGGCCAGCGGUGACACCUAUACGCGGGGGCAGUGUUGCGACAGUCGGUGCCGACUCAUGCCCGGCGCCGACUGCAGCGACAAGAAUGCCGAGUGUUGUCGCGGCUGUCGUUUGUCACCCGCGGGAGUGCUUUGCAGAGAUAGGGAUGAAAUGAAUUGCAGACAACAGGCCUAUUGCGAUGGCGAGACGAUAAUCUGUUUUGAAACGGAUAGCCAGUGUCUCGAAGCGAGGCCAGUGGCCGAUGGAUCUGAUUGUCUAGACCGGGGUCAGUGUCAGGCGGGUAAAUGUGUGGCCUAUUGUACGGCAAUCGGACGGCAGCCGUGUCUUUGCGAACAACCGAUGGACGCCUGCUAUCGGUGUUGUCGUCUGACAAACAACACGUGCCGACCGCUGGAGCCCCGGGACCCGCUCAGUGACGGCACUCCCUGUCGGUACGGCUUUUGUGACAAACAGAUCUGUCAGAAACAGAUACAAGACUUUGUUGGACGGUUCUGGAAAGUGAUCGACAAGAUUACCAUCAAUUCAUUCGUCCGUUUCAUGAAAGACAAUAUUGUCGGCGCUGUGGUUGUGGUGACACUUAUUGUCUGGAUUCCCAUCGGAUGUGCCAUUAAUUUCUACGAUCAGAAACAGAUGGAAGAGUUGCGGCGGCGGCGAAGGCCUCGACGUUUUGGCCCCGGAAUCGCCCGCUCGACGGCCGGCCCGUGGGGUCGACGCUCGCGGACUACAGUUUACCGUCGGUUUUAG